UCGGAGCAGGACGCCUUUUAAGGCUCCUGCUUAGUCGGCCCGGCGCGAGAUCGGGAGCGGGUUUUCGCCACUUGGAGCGGUGGCAGCGGCAACGGGGGGUGGCUUUUUAAGGCCUCCCCCGAGGUUUGGAGUGUUUCUGGGGGCGGGUUGCCCUCUUUGUGUACUGGGCCCCGGAGGUGCUCCUUCUGGGCAGCGGGCCCUGGGCGGCAGCGGAGGCCUGGGCUUCUCUCCCCCCCCUACUUGAGCGGGCCUUUGGCGCCCCCCCCCCCCGGCGACGCUUUGUGGCUUUGGGCGGGACACUUUCAGCUCCCCCCCCCCACUGCUGGAGCAAGAUUGCGGCGGCGCUCCCCCCCCCUCCUCGGCGUUUCUCGGCCCGUGGAGGGCCGCUUUCACAGUGGUUGGGCUAGUCCUGGGCAACGUGGUGGGUUGUUGAACGGCCUGCUAGGUGGCCUAGGCCAGUUUCCGGUCAGUUUAGCAGCAGCCUGGGUUUGCAUUGGCCGGUUUCUCCCUUUCUGGGUUCAGUGGGUUGGUUUGGGAGCAUCCCUGGUUCCAGACUUUGUUUGGAGCUUUGUUGUUUGCUCACUUCAAUUGCCUGUGCCAUGGGUCCAAAGAAGGCCAAGGCUAAGUCUGGCGGGAAGCGGGUUCGUCCUCCCCCACGCCCUGCGCCGGUUUCUGAUUCUUCUGAUGAGGAUUGUGACAUGGGUACCGUGCGGGCACUUAUAGCACGCUUGGAAGCACUCGAAAAGAAAAAGCAGGGUGGGGCAGCAGCGGCAGAAAAUGGCGGUCCCUCUGGUAUUCCAGCUAGUUCCCGAAGCUUUACUAGGGGGGCAAAACGUGCUAAACUCAUACAGUCCCUUUCAUCCAGACUUGACGCUUUGGAAUCGCAUGAACCAUGCCCUACAGCGCCAGCAGUGGACCUGACCUCGGAUGGGGAUGGUGCCCAGGCCACCUCUGAAACGUGCAGCAGAGACACGCAUCCUUCGGCUCCACUUGGCCCUGAAUGGAAGAGAAUGCAAAGGUAAUGUUCAUGGUGCUGCAAACAGAGUGCUGAGCAUAGCUGGGGAAUUUUUAGAUGACAGCAUACCUUGCAUAAAUGGCAGACAGAAAUUUCACCAUAAUGAUGGAGUUCAUUUUCCUGGGAUUCACAGAAAACCCAAGGCUGCAGAUUGUUCUCUUCAUUGUGUUCUUAUUGAUUUACUUACUGAUCCUCGUGGGAAACAUUGGCAUGGUAACUUUAAUCUGGACAGACUCCCGGCUUCACACUCCCAUGUACUUCUUCCUAAGCAAUCUAUCAAUCUUAGAUAUCUGUUACUCCACUGUCAUUGCUCCCAGAACAUUGAUUACCUUUGUGGCAGAAAGCAAAGCUAUUUCAUUCACUGGUUGUGCCCUGCAGUUUUUCUUUUUCUGUAUUGCUGUAUCUUGUGAAUGCUGCCUGCUAGGGGUGAUGGCGUAUGACCGCUUCAUAGCUAUCUGCAACCCACUGUUGUAUACUGCUGUCAUGUCCAAACCAUUCUGUACACUGCUCGUGGCUGUCUCAUAUCUCACAGGCUGUGUGAAUGCAAUCGUUCAGACUUCAUUAAUAUUUAAUUUAUCCUUUUGUAGAUCCAAUAUCAUCAACCAUUUCUUCUGUGAUGUGCCCCCCAUACUAAAGCUCUCUUGCUCAGAUACACAUGUCACUGAUAUAAUUCACUUCAUCUUUUCAACAACAAUUGUAUCAACAACCCUCCUAACUAUUCUUAUCUCUUAUGUGUACAUUCUUGCAGCCAUCCUCAGGAUCAACUCAGCUGAGGGCAGGCAUAAAGCCUUCUCUACCUGUGCCUCCCACCUUACAGCUGUCACUGUAUUCUAUGGAACUGCCAUUUUCAUGUACUUACGGCCCAGUUCAAAAUAUUCCAUGGAAUGGGACAAAAUUAUCUCUGUGUUUUACACACUUGCAAUACCCAUGUUGAAUCCACUUAUUUACAGUCUGAGAAACAAGGAGGUCAAGGAGGCUUUCAAAAGGAUGCUUGAGAGAAGGGUUAUCUCUAAGAGACAGUAAGUAUUAUGGGAUUGGCCCCUAAAUUUGCUAUAACCUUUUGUUGAAUGUCCAUUGACCUUAACUAGUAAGCAUUAAUAUUUGAUGUCACAAUACUGCAAGCAAAGCACAAGCAUACUUAGUUUAAUCUAUAAAUGUAAAAUUGCCUAAUAAAUAAUAACCAAAACCCCUAUGCAUUUACUGAGACACAGUCAAAUCCAAAGGUCUGUCCUGUGUCUGAAAAAGAGAUGGACACCAUUUUAGUUGACAACCGAGAAUUACCUUUGGUGAUGGUGGUGGUUAUAUCUGCUAGGUUCUUUAGUUUUUUAUAAUUUUCAGUUUUUAGCUUUUAAAAUAACCUUUAAUUUGAAUCUAAUAAUGAUUGUGGUUUUUAAUCUGACAAUUUUUUGUUGUUUAAUUUAGUUAAUUUUAUUACGUAUCUUGUGUCUGUCAUAUGGUUGUGAGCCAUCCCGAGCAGUAGUGCACUGGAGGGGUGGAGUUUAAAUAUUUUUAAAAAUAAAUAAAUAUGUAAAUAAUGAAAA